GGAUUACUGAGCUGCGUGCCCAUGGAGUACUCCAACGAUUGGGAUCUGCAGGCGCUCGUCAGGAGCUGCGGCACGGCCGUCGCCGACUCGGAGCCGGAAACCGCCAUUGCUGCAGCGCCGCCGCCGGAGCUUGUCGGGCAACCGGUGGUGAGGUCGGCGUCGGCGGCCGUGGCCUCGUAUUGCGACUUGGAGUACUUGGACCUGUACCACCACGAGCUUCCUCGGGCGCCGUUCAUGGUCACGGCGCCGCCGCCGUCGACGAGCCGCGGCCGCGGCCGCGAGAGAGGGGAGGGCGAGCGCGAGGUGCUCAUCUCCUUCCCGGCCGCCUCGACGUCCGGGCAGGGGCAGCUGCUUCCCAGCAGGAAGCUGCCCGGCCGGAAACCGGGCGUCCGUACUGCAAGGCCCAAAAGAAGCAAGAAGAGCCAGCUGAAGAAAGUGGUGUGCGAGGUGCCGGUCGCCGACGGCGGCGUCUCCACCGACCUGUGGGCAUGGCGCAAGUACGGCCAGAAACCUAUCAAGGGCUCGCCGUUUCCUCGGGGAUACUACAAGUGCAGUAGCUUGAAGGCGUGCAUGGCGCGGAAGAUGGUGGAGCGGUCGCCGGAGAAGCCCGGGGUGCUGGUCAUCACCUACAUCGCCGAGCACUGCCACGCGGUGCCCACGCAGAUCAACUCGCUCGCCGGCACCACGCGCAACAAGCCGGCGUCCCCUGACCACCAGCAGCAGCCGCAGCCCCAGCAGCCGUCGAGCGGGCAGUCCCCCGGCGCGACGUCGACGGACGAGGCGGCGACGGCGACGGGCAAGCGGGAGGACAGCGCCGACACGUGCUCCAUGGGCGACGACGAGAACGACCUCUGGGCGCCGGUGGAGAUGGACAUGGACGAUUUCUUUGGCCCCUUCGACGACGAUAUCGACCACUUCUUGGAGGACGACGUCGGCGUUCUUGGACGCCGGCUGUCGCUCUAGUUAAGUUGGUGGAGCUAAUGAAUUGACUACACAUGGAGAGUAUUGGACUGUCAUGCAUGUUCUUCUCCUCCAUAUAUUAUAUCGACGAAGAUAGAUAAAAGAUAUAUAGUGCUCGUACGUGUUGCACGCAGAAGGAUCGAUCUCCCAGCUAACCUAUGUUU